AUGGAUGGAACAACAGGUGGUGUUGAGGAUGCUGCAGAUGAUUUUUUGCAUUUUUUCGACAAUGAAGACCCUUAUAAAAUUUUAAGAUGCAAUAAAGGUGAUUCAGUGGAAACUGUAACCAAGAAAUAUAAAAAGCUAGUGUCAAAAGUCAAAGCCCAAGAAAUUGUAGAUAAAAAAGAAUUAAAGAGAUUAGAAAUAGCCUAUAGAAUACUAACUGAUCAAAAUUACAAAGAGUUGUAUGACCUCAGUGUAUCUACACCCAAUCUAAGAAAUAAAUUGCAACAACAGCACCAGCAACAACAACAACAGCAACAACAGCAAAUACCAUCAAUCAAAAAAUCACUUAUAAACUCUGGAUUAUCACUUAUUGCAUAUGGUGUCAACAGUACUUUAAUUAGAGUCCAAGCAAACAAAUCAAUUGUAAGCUCUAAAGAGGUUGCUAAAGAAAUCUAUAGAAAAAGAGGUGUUGGCGGUUUCUUCAGAGGUAUUGUUUUCUCUGUUUUAGUUGUCCCAGCAGAGACUAUCAGAUAUGCUUUGGUCGACUACACAGCUAGAGGUAUAUUUUCAUUGCUUCGAGUCAAAACAAAAGAAUAUCUAAUAGACCUUGCUCAUCAUGUCUCAAGAGUAGUAUGUCUUUUCCCAAUCUAUAUUGCCUUUGACUACAUCUUAAUGGCUCCUUUGCAAAUGAAAACUAUGGAUAUAUUAAAACAAACCAUCCUUAAACGUGAAAAUGGAUACCAUAACUUUUUUUAUUACCUUGGUCUUUCUAUUGCUUCAAAAAUUUUAAGGGAUACUGUCAAUCAAAUUGGCAAAUAUAUAUACUCUGUUCAACAAAAACAUCCAAAGAAUGCAUCUCUUUAUUAUUUAGAAAUGGCAUAUAAUAACAAUAUCACCAAAGCACUCUUACACUCUGUUUUAUGCUGUCCAAUCCUUUGCGUCCGUUCCCAAUACCCAUAUUCAGUAAUCAAUAGUAUUUCAAAUGGUAUUAAAGCAAAGCCAUUGGAUUUGAACCCAAUUCAAAUUGCAGAACAAAUUUAUAAUCAACAUGGUUACUCAAAAUUCUAUAAUGGUUUUUGGUUAUUGUUUUGUUCAAAAUUAUUAACAAAAAUGGCACUUUUCCCAAUUGAUUCAAUUCAUCAAAUUGAAACAAUUUUUGAAUAA